CUGUAAACUCACAAAAGAAGAAGAGUAUAGGCGGUGUUUCACCCUGAGUAAACAGUGGAUUUUUGUCACUGAGAAACACCAUUUAGACCUCAUAAUAAGACUUGUAAUGGAAUCAGCAGGGAUACGACCGUGUUCUUCUAGAAAACCUCCACACACUCCUGGUCCCACUGACUCACAGCUUUGUGGGGAUGUGCAGACAGAAAAAUCUACGUCUUCAGAUGGAGGGACAUCAGGCUCUGUAGAACACAUCACCUGUGUGAACCUUCAGAAACAUGUAAAAAAGGAAGAAACUGUAGAUGAAGAAUACUUCUCGACACCAGUCUCUGUGGGACACAUCACACCUGUGGACCUACAGAAUCAUGUGAAAAAGGAAGAACCUGAAGAUAAAGGCGAUCUCUACAUGGAUGAUGCCCAGGUACAAGUCUUCUCCUGCUCUCAGUGUUCACUUUCCUGUACAUCUCAAAUUUACCUCCACAAACACAUCAGAAGAUACCACUAUGAGGAAUAUGAAAGACUGCUACAAUCAGGGGAGUUAAAAGAAAUGAAGCGUAUCACCGCAAUAAGCUCCAGUAUUCAGCAAACAGCCUCCGUUACACUCAACAGUAACUCCUCUAAUAAACAAAUGCAGAAAGGAGUCUAUCCCUGCUCACAGUGUGGGAAGAGUUUUACUGACCGGAGUAACCUCAGACGACACCAGCGCAUUCACACGGCAGAAAAACCCUAUCACUGCUCGCAGUGUGGGAAGAGUUUUUUUCAGUGGAGUGAACUACAAAAACACCAGUACAUUCACACAGGAGAAAAACCAUAUCCCUGCCCAGAGUGUGGGAAGAGUUUUAUUCGACAGAGUGAUCUACAAAAACACCAGCGCAUUCACACAGGAGAAAAGCCAUAUCAAUGCUCAGAGUGUGGGAAGAAUUUUAUUCAACAGGGUCAUUUACAAACACACCAGCGCAUUCACACAGGAGAAAAGCCAUAUCAUUGCUCAGAAUGUGGGAAGAGCUUUAUUCGACGUAGUGUACUACAAAUACACCAGCGCAUUCACACAGGAGAAAAGCCAUAUCACUGCUCAGAGUGUGGGAAGAGCUUUAUUCGACGAAGUGUACUGCAAAAACACCAGCGCAUUCACACUGGAGAAAAACCAUAUCACUGCCCUGAGUGUGGGAAGAGCUUUAAUCACCAGAGUAAUCUGCAAAAACACCAGCACAUUCACACAGGAGAAAAGCCAUAUUUGUGUUUAGAGUGUGGGAAAAGUUUUAAUCGACAGAGUAAUCUACAAUCACACCAGCGCAUUCACACAGGAGAAAAACCAUAUCACUGCCCUGAGUGUGGGAAGAGCUUUACUCACCAGAUUAAUCUACAAUCACACCAGCGCAUUCACACAGGAGAAAAGCCGUAUUCUUGCUUAGAGUGUGGGAAAAGUUUUAAUCGACAGAGUAAUCUACAAUCACACCAGCGCAUUCACACAGGAGAAAAGCCAUAUUCCUGCGCAGAGUGUGGGAAGAGCUUUAAUCACCAGAGUAAUCUACAAAAACACCAGCGCAUUCAUUAAGGAGAAAAGCUGUAAGAGUGCUUAAAGUGUGGGAAGAGUUUUAAUUAAAGAGUAGGCUAAUUUCAUACAUCAGCAAAUUCAUGUAACCUAGUUACAGAUGUGGCCUUAAAAAAUGCGUGAUUUUUCAUGCAAGAUCAGGAGGCGUAUCACGCACAAUGCCACAAGGCCAGUUUCUUAAAAUUAAAUACAUUUUACACUUCCCAGAAUAUCUACCAGGUGGCGCAUGGUCUCAAAUGCUCUGGACCUCGGUGCCAAACUGAAUCUCACAAGGAGUGCUCCUUCUCUUAAGUGACUGUAAUUAAUUAUCGUAAAUAUCUGUUUUUAUUGGAACAUCUUCAGAACAUUGAGCGAAUAUUGUUAGCUCUAAUGAUAAAUUUGUCUUAUUUUUGAAACGUAACCAGUUCGCCUGCUCAGAGCGGGGCUCGAACCAGCAUAGGAGGCGGAUGACCUAAUGAAACCUCGGAAGUGUACAGCAUCCUGUAGUUUGUUAAUGCAUGUCUUGAAGCCAGAGGAGUGAUGUACCAGUGAUGUACCAGCCUCUGUACUGUUCAAUAAAAUUAUGAAAUUACUGUUACUGUAA